AUGAUUGGGGGUGUUCACAGGGAGUCCAGGGUGCACGGAGGAGGCUGUGCAAUGCGGGGGGGGCUAGGCAGUGCGGGAAGCAGCAGAGGGCGAAGGGGAGAUGAGCGGCAGGUUGCGAGUGGGUGCAGGUUGCACGGCUCAGCUUCCAUUCUAAGCAGGCAGCGAGUUCCAACGGGGCUGGGGGCCACGGUUGGACCUCCAUCCUGGGUGUGUUAUGGAGGGGUGGAGUUUUGGGGGUUUUCUAAUUCUUUCGAGCCCCGUUGGGGGGCGGGCACAGGGGGCGGCGCUGCUGGCGGCGGGCGGCGAUUUCGGGUGGCGGGCGGCGCGCAGGUGGCGCCCGGGCGGCGGGGUCUCGGCGGGCGGCGCGGCGGGCGGCGGCUGAGCGCGGGGCUGCGCGUGGGCGGGUUACCGCCAGCGGCGGUGGCCGCCGGGUGGCCGCUGGGCUGGGCGGUGGCUGUGCCCAAAAAAUUUUAA